CUCUACUGACUCGCGGAGUCACCCGAGUUAACUCGAAAAAUAUGCGACGACCCGAAGUGUGAAUAUAAGUAAUCGAAUCUUCGCGUCCCUGAAUCUGAACAAUUUCUUUUUCUUUAUUUUUUUUUUUUUCAUUUCUUUCUCUCUAUAUAUAUUUGAGAUAGCUGUCUUUCUCUUGUUUGUUCUGUCCGGCUAUAUGUCAGAGACCGAGAUAUAGAGAUAAAUAAUCUUGAAGAAAUUAAAGAAAAGAGGGAGCAGAAAAAGGAAUGGAGCUAAGCUUAGAUUUGAGCUUGGUUUAUGUACCCAAAACGAUUAGUGAGUAUUUAAAAGAGGUUUCGAAGGUUAAAGAUAGUAGCUUGAAGUUAUCAAAGCUUGAUGAUUAUGUUCAAAGAUUAGAAGAUGAAAUGAGAAAGAUUGAUGCUUUUAAACGUGAAUUGCCUCUUUGCAUGCUUCUUUUGAAUGAUGCUAUUGUUAGGUUAAAAGAAGAGGCAAUGCAGUGUAAAGAAUUGGAAGAGGUCGUAUCAGUAAAAGGGAAUUCUUGUAGAAAUGAAGAGAGAGAAUUGGAAAAUGAUAUGAUUGAUAAGAAGAAUUGGAUGAGUUCUGUUCAGCUUUGGAAUAAUAAUAACCAUACUAACAAUAACAACUUUGAUUCCGAGAAUCAAGAAUCAAAAUCAGAAACUAAACAGAGAAGUGAAGAAGAUGAUGAUCGGUCCACUUGUGAGAAUCCAACUCAAUUAUGCAAUCACAGAAGCAAAGGAGGGGGAUUUAUGCCGUUCAAGUCAACUUCUGGGUUUGAAAAGAAAGAGGAGAAAGAGGUUGUGUCUCAAGUUACUGGACUUUCUCUUAUGACUCCAGUAUCUGAGUUGGGUUCUCGCAAUUUAAUGUCAAAAACCAAUGGCACUGAUCAAUUCAAGAUACAGAAUAAACCCCAACAGCAGCAGCAGCAGCCUUACAAGAAACAGAGGCGUUGCUGGUCGCCGGAGCUCCACAGGCGUUUUAUUGAUGCCUUACACCAACUUGGUGGAUCUCAAGUGGCCACUCCUAAACAAAUACGAGAACUUAUGCAAGUUGAUGGGCUCACGAAUGACGAAGUUAAAAGUCACUUGCAAAAAUACAGGCUUCAUAUCCGUAAACUCCCAGCUUCUUCAGCUGCUCAAGCAAAUGCUCUAUGGAUGGCUCAAAAUGGACACAAAGACGACUCAUCAAAACAAAGUAAUUCAAAGUCUAGUUCUCCACAGGGGCCCCUCCAUGGCUGUGGGUCUGCCAAAGGUAUGUCUAGUACUGGAGGUGACAGCAUGGAAGUAGAAGAUGACGAUAGAUCAGUGAGUAAUAGUUGGAAUGGUAGGCAGCACAAGCAGGCAGGAGAAGUUGAUGUAUAGUGGGUGGUAAUAAAACUGAUUCUGAUAUACCUGUGAAUUUUGCAGAUAAAAUAUACAUGGGGAAUCAGAUUUGUAAACAUGAAAAUAAUGAAGGUGGCAGAUAUAAUAGGAUUCAAGAUUGGAGUUAAUUAUUCUUUUAAGAGAUAAGUUAUACAUCAGAGAGAUCAGGGAUGAAUAGAUUUUGCGGAAAGUUUUCUCUCCACCUUGAGUUCUAUCUCUUCCUACCUGAUCUGUGCUGUUCAUCAACUUAUGUAAUGCAUAUUUUAUGGUUUCUAAAUUAUUACAUGACAGAUUCUGAUUUUAUAGAUA